AUGAGAGCACCUAUUCACCCCGGAGAAAUGUUGCGGGAGGAAUUUCUUGCUCCCUUGAAUAUGAAGCCGGAAGAAUUAGCCCAAAAAAUUAAUGUUCCUCCUAAAACGAUAAAGGAUAUUUGCCAAGAAAAAAAAGACUUAACUCCAGAAAUAAUUUGCCGGUUAGCUGUUUACUUUAAAAUGUCUUAUGAAUUUUGA